AUGAAAACCCAGAUAGUGAAAGUCGAGGCGACCGGGGGCGACGACAGCCUAGGCCGGUUCCGCCAGCAGCACGCAUCAGCAGCAGCAGCACCGUCGUCAUCGGCGCAGCCGCGGAGCCCACCACAGACCCACAGGCUGGACUCGUGGGAGGUGCCGGCCGAGUCGCGGCACCCGGCCAUUGGGGCUCUCAGGCGCGCGGCAGAUUACCUGGGCUCCAGCGACGUCCCCGUCGGCUUCCCCACCGAGACAGUUUAUGGGCUCGGCGCCGACGCUACCCGCAGCGCCGCUGUCAGGGGCAUCUAUGCCGCCAAGGGUCGGCCCUCGGAUAACCCGCUCAUUGUGCAUGUCUGUGACCUUGACAUGUUGCGUGCACUGCUGUCACCGGCGUGCGAUGGCGGCAACGGGACGAACAGCCAGUCGGUAUCGGCAAAGGAGACAGGAUGGGAUACAGAACCAGCGAGCUCAGCAAACGGCACAAGCAGCAACAGCAAGACGCCGACCCACGACCCGAUCCCCGGCAUCUACCUCCCACUGCUGGAGCGCUUCUGGCCGGGACCGCUGACGAUCCUCCUCCCGAACCCGCAGCCGUCGCAGCUGGCGCCCGAGGUGACGGCGGGCCUGCCGACGUUUGGAGCGCGCAUGCCGGCGUCGCCGCUGGCGCUGACGUUGAUCAAGCUGGCCGGCGUACCGCUCGCGGCGCCCUCGGCUAAUGCGUCCACGCGGCCGUCGCCCACGACUGCGCACCACGUCCUCGACGACCUCGACGGCCGCCUCGAGCUGAUCCUGGACGGUGGGCCCUGCGGCGUCGGCGUCGAGAGCACCGUCGUCGACGGCCUGUGCGACCCGCCUGCUGUGUUGCGCCCGGGAGGCGUCGCCAUCGAGGACCUGAGGCGCUGCGAGGGCUGGGAGGGCGUCGUCAGGGCGUACAAGGACCACGCGGAGCUGGGUGGUAGUGAUGCUGGUGGCAAAGCAGGCGAGAGCGCCGCCGCACCGCGCGCCCCCGGCAUGAAGUACAAGCACUACAGCCCGCGGGCCAAGGUCGUACUGUACGAGGCCGGGUUCGGCGGCGGUGCUGCGGGGGAUAGGGUCCGGGAGGAUCUGGACGCUGGGAGGUUGGUGGUCGGAGAGGACGCGGGGAGGCCGACGAGGCUUGGCGUGGUCAGGACGAGGUCGUCCGCGGAGAAGGCGGGAGAGAGGACGAUAGAGGAGUAUCAGAUCGAGGAUGGGACGACGGUGCUGGAUUUGCAUCUUGGGAGGGACCCCAGGGAUGUGGCUCAGGGGUUAUUUUCUGCUCUGAGAGAGCUUGACACGCGCAAGGCGGACGUGAUAUGCGUCGAGGGUGUCGGAGACGGGGAUGACAUAGCCGCGGCCGUCAUGAACAGGCUGCGAAAGGCGGCAACGGAGACGAGGUGA